AUGGCCUCCAAUCUAGUCUUUCCAGGAGAUACCAUAUCAGGUGUCAACAUACCUGCAUCUAAAAGCCUCCAUCCUGCUUCCGGUCUCUACCGAGAAAGCUCCUGUGCUCCAAUUCUCGCUACCUUAGCUGGAAAGCUAGAACAGAAUCCGAAGAAGAAGACUGCACAUGUUACCGCUCCCAAUGCACGAUACAUACCUCGUGUAGGUGACCUAGUCAUUGCUUCAGUGCAGCGCUCGUCUAUGGACUUUUUCCACCUCUCUAUCUGCCCGCACAUACCACAAGCGAUUCUUCCUCAAUUGGCUUUCGAGGGUGCCAGCAAAAAGACACGACCUCAACUAAAACCCAACGAUCUUGUAUACGCCAAAGUACUAUCUGCGAGUAAGAACAUGGAGGUGGAGCUGACCUGUGUCGAUCCGUCAACUGGGAAAUCAGAACCCGAAGGACUCGGACCUAUUACUGGAGGAAUGGUGUUCGAUAUCAGCACUGGUUUGGCUGCACGGCUUCUCAGUUCGCAAAGUGUUGCUGUCUUGGAAGAGCUGGGCGAAAAGCUAGCAGGCGGCUUUGAGGUUGCAGUUGGCAAAAACGGAAAGGUUUGGGUGGACUGUCCUGAGUCUGGAAUCAGAGGCAUUUAUGCAGUGGGAAGAUGUUUGCAAGAAACAGAUUGCGACAACCUUCAAAAAAGCGAACAGCAGAAGCUGGUGAAGAGGGUGGUCAAGGAGACGGGUCUUGGUUGA